CCUCGCCAGACCCAUCUCCCAGGGCCUCGGCGGGAUAAAACCGGUCGGGGAUGCGAGUGGAUGGGAACAAACUUCAGCCCGAGGAGAGACGCCGGCCCAGGGCAGCCUCCCAGGUGAACCCGGGCGGCCGAGGCCUGUGUCCAGCCCGCCAGGGCCGCGGCGGGCGCAGCGCGCAGUGCGGGCCGGACGCGAGUUACGAAGCCCCCGGUGCUCCGCCGGCGGAGAGCGACGCCCCGGCGAUGCCUCACAACUCCAUCCGAUCCGGUCACGGAGGGCUCAACCAGCUGGGCGGGGCCUUUGUGAACGGCCGGCCUCUGCCGGAGGUGGUCCGCCAGCGCAUCGUGGACCUGGCCCACCAGGGCGUGAGGCCCUGCGACAUCUCCCGCCAGCUCCGCGUGAGCCAUGGCUGCGUUAGCAAGAUCCUUGGCAGUAGGUACUACGAGACUGGCAGUAUCCGGCCUGGAGUGAUAGGGGGCUCCAAGCCCAAGGUGGCCACCCCCAAGGUGGUGGAGAAGAUUGGGGACUACAAGAGGCAGAACCCCACCAUGUUUGCCUGGGAGAUCCGGGACCGGCUGUUGGCCGAGGGCGUCUGUGACAAUGAUACUGUGCCCAGCGUCAGCUCCAUCAACAGAAUCAUUCGGACCAAAGUGCAGCAACCAUUCAACCUCCCCAUGGACAGCUGUGUGGCCACCAAGUCCCUGAGCCCAGGACACACCCUGAUCCCCAGCUCCGCCGUCACGCCGCCAGAAUCGCCGCAGUCAGAUUCGCUGGGCUCCACCUACUCCAUCAACGGGCUCCUGGGAAUUGCGCAGCCUGGCGGUGACGGCAAGAGGAAGAUGGAUGACAGUGACCAGGACAGCUGCCGGCUGAGCAUCGACUCGCAGAGCAGCAGCGGCGGGCCCCGGAAGCACCUCCGCACCGACGCCUUCAGCCAGCACCACCUGGAGCCUCUGGAGUGCCCCUUCGAGCGGCAGCACUACCCCGAGGCCUACGCCUCCCCCAGCCACACCAAAGGCGAGCAGGGACUCUACCCACUGCCCUUGCUCAACAGUGCUCUGGACGACGGGAAGGCUACUUUGACCCCCUCCAAUACGCCCCUGGGGCGCAACCUCUCAACACACCAGACCUACCCUGUGGUGGCAGCAGAUCCUCAUUCACCCUUCGCCAUAAAGCAGGAAACCCCGGAGCUAUCCAGUUCUAGCUCCACCCCUUCCUCUUUAUCUAGCUCCGCCUUUUUGGAUCUGCAGCAAGUCGGCUCUGGGGGCUCAGCCGGGGCCUCCUCGGUCCCGCCCUUCAAUGCCUUUCCCCAUGCUGCCUCGGUGUAUGGGCAGUUCACGGGCCAGGCCCUCCUCUCAGGGCGAGAGAUGGUGGGGCCCACGCUACCGGGAUACCCACCCCACAUCCCCACCAGUGGACAGGGCAGCUAUGCCUCUUCUGCCAUUGCGGGCAUGGUGGCAGGAAGUGACUACUCUGGCAACGCCUACAGCCACGCCCCCUACUCCUCCUACAGCGAGGCCUGGCGCUUCCCCAACUCCAGCUUGCUGAGUUCUCCGUAUUAUUACAGUUCUACAUCGAGGCCAAGCGUACCGCCCACUACUGCCACGGCCUUUGACCAUCUGUAGUUGUCAUGGGAACGGUGGGAGUGACUGGGAAACAGGAGGACGCAGCUCGGGACACACCCCGGAGAGUCAUACAAAGGAAUCUUUAUUUAUUACCUGAAAAAUAACCACAAUCCCAGCAUUGCGACUCACUCCCUGUGUGGUUAAUUUAAUGAGCUGUGAAGGACAGGAUGACCUUGGAGAAGGCUUAACUGUCCUCUAAGACUCCUUCAUGAUGAGCAGAAGUCCCAGAGAGAGAACCAGCUGAUUUCAAGAGGCCAGAUUGGUGGAGGAACAUGCUUCAGGCUGGUGCCCACCACGCACACACACACAAAAACAAAACAACAACCACAAAAACCAAACA